AAAUAGGUGUUCCACUGUCACUCGUACUCUCAAUUUUGGCGCCAAUUUUUGGCUUCUGCAUUCCGCUUCUCUCUGUCUCAAACCCUAGCUCUCUCUCGUUCUUAAUGUCGUUCCCCAAAACUAAGUAAACUUGCAAAAACGACGUCGCAGAAGUACAAUGAAACGAGCUUCAACAGCCCAGAGUAACCACAAUUGGGCUUCGAAACGCGCCAAAAUCAUUAGCCAAGAAUGCAAUGAAAAUAGGUAGCACGGACACUGACACUUGGACGCGGACACGGACACGGGAAACCAGUGUUGGAGUCCGAAACAGGGGAAGAUGAUUAUAUGCCUGGAAAUAUUAUUGAAAUGGAGCUUCAUAACUUCAUGACCUAUGAUCACUUAUUUUGCAAACCAGGAUCUCGCUUGAACCUUGUAAUUGGACCAAAUGGGUCGGGUAAGAGCUCUAUUGUGUGUGCAAUUGCCCUUGGUCUAGGUGGGGAGCCUCAGCUUCUCGGGAGGGCAACAAGUAUUGGAGCAUAUGUAAAACGCGGCGAAGAGUCCGCAUAUAUUAAAAUAUUUUUGAGGGGAAACACAAAAGAUGAUCGGAUCACCAUCACACGUAAAAUUGAUACACAUAACAAGUCAGAAUGGUUGUAUAAUGGAAAAGUGGUACCCAAAAGAGAGAUAGUUGAAGUAAUUCAGAGCUUCAACAUCCAAGUCAACAAUUUGACUCAAUUCUUACCACAAGACAGAGUAUGUGAGUUUGCAAAGUUAACUCCUGUCCAACUUCUAGAAGAGACUGAAAAGGCUGUCGGGGAUCCUCAACUUCCAAUUCAGCACGCUGCGCUUGUUGAAAAAAGCCGUGAGCUAAAGAUUAUUGAAGUGGCUGUAGAGAGAAAUGGGGAAACUCUUAAUCAGCUGAAGGCAGUUAAUGCUGAACUUGAAAAGGAUGUUGAGCGUGUCCGCCAAAGAGAAGAACUUCUUGAGAAGGCUGAGUUGAUGAAAAAGAAAUUGCCAUGGCUGAAAUAUGAUAUGAAAAAGGCUGAAUAUAUGGUAGCUAAAGAGCAGGAAAAAGAUGCAAAAAACAAGGUGGAGGAGGCUGUGAAAAUUCUUAGAGAUCUGAAAAAACCAAUUGACAAACUAAAGGAGGAGAAAUCUCUGCUGGAUUCUAAAUGUAAGAAAGUUCUUGGCCUCAUAACGGAUAGUGCUAAGCAACGCAUGGAAUUUGUGGAGAAAGAAAGCUUUUUGGAUGUAAAACUAAAAGGAAUAAACCGAGAUAUGGAAGACUUAAAGAGGCAAGAAGAAAACCGUCAAGCAAGAAUUCUAAAAGCUAAAGCUGAUCUUGCUGCUGCUGAGAUAGAACUUCAAAACCUGUCUAUUAAUGAGCCUCCAAAGAACGUGCUGGAAAAAUUAAAAGAUGAUAUACUGGAGCUUCAACAAUCGGCGAAUGAAAAGAGGAGGGAGAAGUCAGAAACUGAGAGGAUUCUGGAUCGAAAGAAGUGCUCUUUGAAGCAGUGCUUAGACAAGUUGAAGGACAUGGAGGAUAACAAGAACAAGCUUUUACAAGUAAUACGGAACUCUGGAGUUGAAAAGAUUUUUGAUGCUUUUAAGUGGGUGGAACAACAUCGGAAUGAAUUCAAAGCAGAAGUGUAUGGUCCUGUGUUGCUUGAGGUUAAUAUAUCGGAUCGCGUGCAUGCUGACUACUUAGAAGGUCAAGUCGCAAAUUAUAUCUGGAAGUCUUUCAUAACCCAGGAUCCUAGUGAUCGUGAUGUUUUGGUCAAAAACCUCAACACUUUUGAUGUUCCAAUUAUAAACUACACGAGGGAAAACCGUCAUAAGGAAGCCUUUCAUAUUUCUGAGAAGAUGCUCGAGCUUGGCAUCUAUAGCAGACUUGACCAAGUUUUUGACGCUCCUCAUGCUGUUAAGGAGGUCUUGAUCUGCCAGUUUGGUCUAGAAAGAUCAUAUAUUGGAUCAAAGGAAACUGAUAGGAAGGCUGAUGAGGUUUCAAAAUUGAAUAUUUUGGAUUUUUGGACUCCCGAAAAUCACUAUCGGUGGUCUGCUUCAAGAUACGGCGGUCAUCUUUCUGGGAGUGUUGAACCAGUCAAUCACUCACGUCUUCUUUUAUGUAGUUCAGAUUCUGGUGAAAUUGAAAACCUAAGGUUGAGGAAAAAUGGGCUUCAAGAAUCUGUUAAUUCUUUAGAGGAAAGUUUUAAAACGUUGCAGUUUGAGCUGAGACGCUUGGAGAAUGAAGAAGCUGAACUUCAGAAGCAACGGGAGGAGAUUAUCAGCAACGUACAACGUGAGAGGAGGAAAAAAAAGGAAUUUGAGAACCUUGUCAAUCAAAGAAAAAAUAAACUUGAGUCCCUAGAGAAAGAGGAUGACCUGGAUACGAACAUGGCAAACAAAAUCAAUGAAUCUGAAAACAUUAAAAGCAACCAGCUCCAGUGUGCUAUUAAGAUUAAGAAUCUGCUUGUUGAGGCGGUUUCUUAUAGAUGGAGCCUUGCUGAGAAUCAUAUGGCUUCCACUGAAUUUGAGGCAAAGAUAGGAGAAAGUGAAUUGAAUUUGAAGCAGCAUCAGAAGUUUGCUGAUGAAGCAUCACGGAACCAUCAGUAUUUCAUGAAGGAAGUAGAGGAACAUCGAGAGCAACUCUCAUCUGCCAAGAGAGAUGCAGAAUCAGUUUGCAUUAUUACUCCAGAACUUGAAAAGGCAUUUCUUGAGAUGCCGACGACAAUUGAGGAACUGGAAGCUGCUAUACAAGACAAUCUUUCUCAAGCUAACUCAAUUCUUUUCCUCAACCAAAAUGUAUUAGAAGAAUAUGAGCAUCGUCAAAAGAAAAUAGAAUCCAUGGGGAAAAAGCUGGAAGCUGAUAAAGAGGAACUAAAGAAGUGUUUAGCUGAAAUUGAUGCCCUGAAGAGCAGUUGGCUACCAACAUUAAGGAACCUUGUUGCUCGGAUAAAUGAAACUUUUAGUCAUAAUUUCCAGGAGAUGGCUGUUGCUGGAGAGAUUUCACUGGAUGAGCAUGACAAGGACUUUGAUCAAUUUGGAAUUCUAAUAAAAGUGAAGUUCAGGGAAGCAAGUCUACUUCAAGUUCUUAGUGCUCAUCACCAAUCUGGAGGGGAGCGUUCAGUUUCAACUAUUCUUUAUCUUGUUUCUCUUCAAGAUCUUACAAACUGCCCAUUUAGGGUAGUUGAUGAGAUAAAUCAAGGAAUGGACCCGAUAAAUGAAAGAAAGAUGUUUCAGCAGUUAGUGAGAGCUGCCAGUCAACCAAAUACUCCACAGUGUUUCUUACUCACUCCAAAGUUGCUGCCAGAUUUAGAGUACAGUGAGGCUUGUAGCAUUCUGAAUAUAAUGAAUGGACCUUGGAUUGAGCAGCCUGCUAAAGUUUGGAGCAGUGGUGAAUGUUGGAGAGCUGUUACCGGGCUGGUGGGAGAAGCUUAAUGCUGUAGACCAUUUGCCCGUGAAGAUGCCGUGACGGAAUUCUUCGACUUGAACAGUUUGUUUUGUAAAGAAAAGGCUAUUUAUAGCCUAGUUUUUUUUAACCUAGUUUGCUAAUGCUUUAGGGUAAUACAUUUUGUCCUGUAAAUAUUUAUUUAUUUACAGAGAAACACUACUCAAUCCUCUGGAGGUUAACUAUUCCUUAUGGAAAUCGUAACAGUUCGGAUCAGUAUGAUUAAUCUAAGUUAAGUUAUUUUGAUUGGUGAA